CUGAUGCUGAGGGAGAACCGGCGCGCGCGCAGAUGAUGGGCGUGUGAACGCGGGCCGGUGUUAGUCUUCACUGGACACCUUUGAUGAAAGGCUCAUGGGGUCUGAACGGGUGGAAAUGGGAAAACGACCGUCGCAGGAUGCUGGGAACGCCACCCAAGUGCACUGUACGCCCCCCAAAGCUCAGAUGACGGGAAAGCCGAACACGCAAACCAUGGACUGGCUCAAUGCUCCUCCGAACGCCUGCUGCUUCUGCUGGUGCUGCUGCUGUAGCUGCUCCUGUCUGACGGUACGCUCUGGCAAAGAGGAAAAGAUUCAGACGACGGUCGCAGACGAAGAAGAGGAUGCCCAACCAGAGCAGAAGCUUGAGCUCACACUAGAGGAGGUGCAGUCUUGGUCAGAAUCCUUUGAGAAGCUCAUCAAGAGCCCUGAAGGUCGCGCACACUUCCAACAGUUCCUGAAGUUUGAGUUUAGUGAAGAGAACAUGCUGUUCUGGCUCGCCUGCGAGGAGCUGAAGAAAGAGACCAACAGAACGACUGUAGAACAGACAGUGAAACGGAUAUAUGAGGAUUACGUCUCUGUACUGUCACCUAAAGAGGUGAGUCUGGACUCGCAGGCGCGUGAACUGAUCAGCAGUAAGAUGCAGGACCCCUCCUCGUGCACCUUUGACGAAGCGCAACUGCAGAUCCACACGCUCAUGCAGCGAGACUCCUACCCACGAUACAUAAACUCCAGCACCUACACGGACCUCUUAAAGAGCUUUCAACAGUCUGAUCAAUCCUAACACAAACAAAACAUCUACAACUCAAAAGCAAGCUUAAAGGAACCUUCCAGGUUAAACACAAAUAAAACACUACUACACAACAGUUGUCCUUUAGUUUAAAAAAUUCGAUGUUCGGGAAUUCACGAGCAAAGAAAUGACACAUUUUAACUUGCAUUCAACCUGGAAUGUUCCUUUCCUAACAAUUCCCUGAAACCUUUUAUAUGUAGGACAUUCAAACACAAGUUUUAGACUUUUUCAAAAGUUGUUGCAUUUUUCUUAGUUCAAGGGAUAGUUCAACCCAACAUGAGAAUUCUUUCAUCAUUUAAUCACUCUCAUGUCAUUCAAAACCUGCGUGACUUUAUUUCUUCUGAAAAACAUAAAUAUUUUGAUAUUUUGUCGAUAAGCUAAUUACAUUGACUUCCCUUGUAGGAACACAAAACAACAGAGACAUUUCUCAAAAUAUCUUCUUUUGUGCUCCACUGAAGAGUCACAUACAGGUUAACACCCACAGGAAGGUGAAUAAAUGAUGACAUUGUGAAUCCUUUCAGAUUCCUUUCUCGACUGAAGAUAUAUUCUGAUAUUUCUGCCUGUACUGUGGUCAUGCACUUAAGAUGGCAGCACCGUGACUGUGCCUUGCUUCACACGCUACAAUAGAAAAACUAAUACAGGUGUCACGAAACACUGAUCCUGUAAGUUAGUUUCGAUGUGAAACGAUAGAUGUCGCUUACAAGACACAUAUCAAACUAAUAAGACUGAAUUGAUUUCUGAACAAAUUAACUCUAUAGUAUAUCUUCUCUGUAUGACCUGCAUGCAUGUUUUUAAAUGCAGCUAUUGCAUUUGAUAGACGUGUGUAUACCGGAUAAUUGUACAAAUAGAUUGAAGUAUAAAUAAAGCACAAAUAAAUGAAACAAAAGGAUAAAUUAAUAAUGUUUAAGUAAAUGGGUUGUAUGUAUAACAUAGAUCUAAAGUGAGCUGAUGUUGCUUGAUAAUUCAGGAAUCUAAGU